GCGGCCGCGCCGUAGGGCCACGCCGGCCUCUCGCCACUUCCGGCGCGUUCGGGCUGUUAGUCGGGGGCGGCAGCACUGCACUAGCGGGCGGCACAGGAGUGGACUUGUGCAGGGAUGCUUCCGAGGUCGGCGGUGGCUGCGGUAGGGGCUGAGGCGGCGAGGACAGCGCGGGCCCCCGGGCCUCUCCUCUAAGCCAGCCUCUCUCUAGACCGGCCCCUCCGACUGUGCUGCCGAGGCCCUUUCAGCCUCCGUCCCUUCAGCCUCUAGGCCGGGCCCGCCGCUGCUUCUGAACGCGGAGGCCGGGGAGCCCCUGCCUGGGCCCGGAACCUCCCCUCGGGGGUCGGGCCCGGGCGGGGGCCCCCGAGCUGCUGCCCUCCUUGCCAGCCUCCGAUCCCCAUUUCCUGCUUUUUUAGUUAACUUGGAGAGGAGAGGGUGGGUCUUGAUGAAUUGUUCUGGGAGUCCCCGAUGAGGCGGGCCGGGGGGCUGCACUCUUUUUAGAGGGUCUCCGCGGGGGCCCGGGUGGGAAGCGGUUCUCUUUGCAUGGGCGGGGGACUUCCCGAGUCUGCGGGAUCAUGACCUGAACUGUGAGAGCGGGACGAAUCUGAAGCCCAGCUCACCUGAGCCGCCUCUUCCCCCGGCCAGCAUGGCAUCUGAAGAAGCCUCCCUAAGGGCAUUGGAAAGUCUGAUGACAGAGUUUUUUCAUGACUGUACAACCAAUGAAAGAAAACGUGAGAUAGAGGCGCUUCUUAAUAACUUUGCCCAGCAAAUAGGAGCCUGGAGAUUCUGCCUAUAUUUUCUCUCCAGCACCAGGAAUGACUAUGUAAUGAUGUAUAGUUUGACAGUAUUUGAGAAUCUGAUCAAUAAAAUGUGGCUUGGAGUCCCAUCUCAGGAUAAGAUGGAAAUCCGUAGCUGCCUACCCAAACUCCUUUUGGCUCACCACAAAACCUUACCUUACUUUAUCCGGAACAAGCUCUGCAAAGUUAUUGUUGACAUUGGCCGUCAAGAUUGGCCCAUGUUCUACCAUGACUUUUUUACUAACAUUUUACAGUUGAUCCAGUCCCCUGUGACAACCCCCCUCGGGCUGAUCAUGUUAAAAACAACUUCAGAAGAGCUGGCUUGUCCCCGUGAAGACCUCAGUGUGGCUCGGAAGGAGGAGUUGCGGAAGCUGCUGCUAGACCAGGUGCAGACAGUGCUUGGCCUCCUGACAGGUAUCUUGGAGACUGUCUGGGACAAACACAGUGUUACAGCUGCCACCCCACCACCGUCCCCAACCUCAGGAGAAAGUGGUGACUUACUGAGUAACCUGUUGCAAAGUCCUAGUUCAGCCAAACUGUUGAAUCAGCCAAUCCCCAUCCUCGAUGCGGAGAGUGAGUAUAUCUGUUCCCUGGCCUUGGAGUGCCUGGCCCAUCUCUUCAGUUGGAUUCCUCUGUCUGCCAGCAUCACCCCGUCCCUUCUUACCACCAUCUUCCACUUUGCGCGCUUUGGCUGUGACAUCCGGGCCAGAAAGAUGGCAUCAGUUAACGGCAACAGCCAGAACUGUGUGUUGGGUCAGGAACGCGGCCGGCUUGGGGUCCUGGCCAUGUCCUGCAUCAAUGAACUCAUGUCCAAGAACUGUGUGCCUAUGGAAUUUGAGGAGUAUUUACUGCGUAUGUUCCAGCAGACUUUCUACCUCCUGCAGAAAAUCACCAAGGAUAACAAUGCCCACACGGUGAAGAGCAGGCUAGAAGAACUGGAUGAGAGGUCUGAGGUGUUGCAGGAACUGAGACUGCUGCUCAUGCGUAGCCAAGAACAGGAGAGGAGGUCCAUGGAGCUGAGAGGUGCCUGGAAGCAGAAAGGUGGUAAUGGGAUGAAAGGUUGCCUGACCUGUAGCUACAUCGAGAAGUUUACUGACUUUCUGCGGCUCUUUGUGAGUGUUCACCUAAGAAGAAUUGAGUCCUACUCCCAGUUUCCUGUGGUGGAGUUCUUGACACUUUUGUUUAAGUACACAUUUCAUCAGCCUACUCAUGAAGGUUACUUCUCUUGUUUGGAUAUCUGGACACUCUUUUUGGACUAUCUGACAAGUAAAAUUAAAAGUCGUCUGGGAGACAAAGAAGCAGUUCUCAACAGGUACGAAGAUGCCCUAGUCCUCUUGCUCACGGAGGUGUUGAAUCGAAUCCAGUUCAGAUACAACCAGGCCCAGCUGGAGGAGUUAGAUGACGAGACUCUGGAUGACGAUCAGCAGACAGAGUGGCAGCGGUACUUACGCCAGAGCCUGGAGGUAGUGGCCAAAGUGAUGGAGCUCCUUCCCACACACGCCUUCUCAACACUGUUCCCAGUUCUUCAGGACAAUUUAGACGUUUAUCUGGGGUUACAGCAGUUUAUAGUUACUUCGGGGUCAGGACACAGGUUGAACAUCACAGCAGAGAAUGACUGCCGGCGAUUGCACUGUUCCCUGAGAGACUUGAGCUCCCUGCUGCAGGCCGUGGGCCGGUUGGCUGAGUACUUUAUUGGAGACGUGUUUGCCGCGCGGUUCAGCGAUGCACUCACAGUCGUGGAGAGGUUAGUCAAGGUCACUCUGUAUGGAUCUCAGAUAAAAUUGUACAACAUUGAAACUGCUGUGCCAUCAGUGUUGAAACCUGAUCUCAUUGAUGUGCAUGCUCAGUCCCUGGCCGCUCUGCAGGCUUACUCGCACUGGUUAGCACAGUAUUGCAGUGAAGCGCAUCGGCAGAACACGCAGCAGUUUUUCACGCUCAUCUCCACUACCAUGGAUGCAGUCACACCUCUAAUCAGCACCAAGGUCCAAGAUAAGCUGCUGCUAUCUGCCUGCCACCUACUGGUUUCUCUGGCCACCACUGUGAGGCCUGUCUUUCUGAUCAGCAUCCCUGCAGUGCAGAAAAUAUUCAACAGAAUCACCGAUGCCUCUGCCCAGCGACUUGUUGAUAAGGCUCAGGUAUUGGUGUGCCGAGCAGUCUCUAACAUUCUGCUGCUGCCAUGGCCAAACCUCCCGGAGAAUGAGCAGCAGUGGCCUGUGCGCUCCAUCAACCAUGCUAGCCUCAUCUCUGCGCUUUCCCGGGACUAUCGCAACCUGAAAUCCAGUGCCGUUGCCCCACAGAGGAAGAUGCCACUGGAUGACACCAAAGUGAUUAUCCACCGGACACUUAGUGUCUUAGAAGAUAUUGUGGAGAAUAUCUCUGGGGAAUCCACCAAGUCCCGGCAGAUCUGCUACCAUUCGCUGCAGGAAUCUGUGCAGGUCUCCCUGGCCCUCUUUCCGGCUUUUAUUCAUCAGUCAGAUGUGACUGAUGAGAUGCUGAGCUUUUUCCUCACUUUGUUUCGAGGCCUUAGAGUACAGAUGGGUGUGCCUUUCACUGAACAGAUCAUACAGACUUUCCUCAAUAUGUUUACCAGAGAACAGUUAGCUGAGAGCAUCCUCCAUGAAGGCAGCACUGGCUGCCGGGUGGUUGAGAAGUUCCUAAAGAUCCUGCAGGUGGUGGUCCAGGAGCCUGGCCAGGUGUUCAAGCCCUUCCUCCCUAGCAUCAUCUCCCUGUGCAUGGAGCAGGUGUACCCCAUCAUUGCUGAGCGCCCCUCCCCUGAUGUGAAGGCUGAGCUGUUUGAGCUCCUUUUCCGGACGCUCCAUCACAACUGGAGGUACUUCUUCAAGUCCUCUGUCCUGGCCAGUGUCCAGAGGGGGGUUGCCGAGGAGCAGAUGGAGAAUGAGCCUCAGUUCAGUGCCAUCAUGCAGGCCUUUGGACAGUCCUUUCUCCAGCCUGAUAUCCACCUAUUUAAACAAAAUCUCUUCUACUUGGAGACACUCAACACCAAACAGAAGCUGUACCACAAGAAGAUCUUCCGGACCACCAUGCUGUUCCAGUUUGUGAACGUGCUGCUGCAGGUCCUGGUCCACAAGUCCCACGACCUUCUGCAGGAGGAGAUCGGCAUCGCCAUUUACAACAUGGCCUCCGUGGACUUCGAUGGCUUCUUUGCAGCUUUCCUCCCUGAGUUCCUGAGCAGCUGUGAUGGCGUGGAUGCCAACCAGAAAAAUGUGCUGGGGCGAAAUUUCAAGAUGGAUCGGGACCUGCCCUCGUUCACCCAGAAUGUGCACAGGCUGGUCAACGACCUGCGAUACUAUAGACUCUGCAACGACAGCCUGCCCCCCGGCACAGUGAAGCUCUAGGCACGGCCUGCUUUCCGCCCGAGGGACGCGAACUGCUGCUGCUGCCACUGCGCCACCACACCCUCCGCCACAGUUGUCUCCCAGACGAGUCUCGGUCACUCCUCGGAUUCAUAUACCCUGAGCAGCGUCGCCUGCCCUGUGCCCCUUCUCUACAACCCUCACCUGCCGCCCACCCAGCAGAACUGGCCUCAGGGUGUGUCUUAGCACUGGUGGGAGUGCCCAGGACAUUUGGGGCAGGUGGAGGGUUAGGGCUAGGGACAGGAGGCACCAGGAAAUCCUGUGCGGUGCUCCGUGUGGAUCUUGCAUCUGUCAGUCAUGAGACUGAAACGCCAAGGACAGCUUAUGACAGUGCCACCUUCUCACCAUUCCACCUCCCUACCCUACUCUCUGGCUGUCAGCUAAGGGGAGACGUGACCGGCCACGACACUGGAACUGUUUUGGCACUUCUGUCACUCGCCCCUCCCCCCAGUUACCUUGAAGUCUCAGCUCUGUGUUAAGAGAUUUGCAGACUCAUGGUUUUUUUGUUCUUGUUUUCUCAUCAUUCCAUUGUGAUACUAAGAAACUAAGAAGCUUAAUUAAAAAAUAAAAUGCUUA